AUGACACAUGCAAAGCAAUGCUGUUUUAGCUUUUGCAAAGAAUUUAAAGCAUUUGCUACCCGUGGUAAUGUUUUGGACUUGGCAAUUGGUAUUGUCAUUGGUACUGCAUUUACCAAUGUAAUUCAGUCAGUUGUUGAUGAUAUUAUAACACCACCACUUGGUUUAGUUUUGGGCGGCGUUGAUUUUGUUAAUUUGACCGUAAAAAUGAAGAAUUUCGUUUACAAAGAUCAACCACCAGUUGUCAUUCGUUAUGGAAAAUUUGUUCAAUCAGUAAUUACAUUAAUAAUUGUAGCAAUGGCACUCUUUUGCGUCAUCAAAGGUAUUAAUCAACUUUACAAAAUGACCUCAAAAAAGAAAGCGAAGAGUAACGUUGACACAAAUAUCGAAGUGAGCGAAGAAGUGAAAAUUCUACGAGAUAUUCGAGAUUUAUUAGCACGACAAUCAACAACUGAUUCGAUACAUGUUCAAGUAUGA